AUGCCAAUAUGCCUACUUUGGUGGACCGAACACGGGAGCCGUUCAGAAUCGCCUGAAGGCUCUGAAUCAAACCCACCGUCUUGGUCUUGGGCAUCUAUUGAAGGCAUGGUGCAUGAUCCCGCAGCAAAACCACAGGCUCUAUGCGAUAUAGAGGAAGUAGCUAGGGUGUUGAACGUUCGCGUCUACCCCAGUACAGACGAUCCUAGAGGCAUGGUAUUUGGGGGCCACAUUACCCUGCGAGCACCAUUACUUUCACUUGAUGGCAUGUGGACGAAAUAUAAGGAAAGGAAAGAUAUGCCACACUGCAUAUUUGGACAAGCCUUCCCUACAUUGCCUACCACUGAAAGUCUUCACAUCAGUUGUGGUCCUGGCUGGGACCGGGAAGAUCAGUGGACUGAAGAGGAUAUCUGUUCUUGUCUGCUCGAUGACACUGUCAACCUUUCAUCUUCACUUCUAGAGGACGGCUCCAACAUACCUCUUUUCUUCUUGGUCAUUCGUACAGCGUACCCAUGGCGGAACUACCGAUCUGCAAACGGUAGACUAGAGCUUCAAGGUUUGCUACUUAAGCCAUUUGAGGCACUUGAAGAGGUUCAUCGAGAACCAGCACAGGCAUUAGAGCAUAAGCUCAUGUUCGUGAGAGUUGGGAUGGGAGUAAUGGAACUAUGUAAGAAGGAUGCAGAGAAAGCACUGAAGCGCUUCGGGGAUACUAUCCUUACCGUUGUUUGA